AUGGUAUAUUCCCAGAGAAGAGGUGCGGGAUCCCGGCGCUUGCUGCUCUCGCUUCUGCUCCUCGCAGCCUGGGAGGCCGGGAGCGGCCAGGUGCACUAGUCGGUCCCAGAGGAAGCCAAACACGGCACCUUCGUGGGCCGCAUCGCCCAGGACCUGGGGCUGGAGCUGGCGGAGCUGGUGCCGCGCCUGUUCCGGGUGGCGUCCAAAGGCCGCGGGGACCUUCUGGAGGUAAAUCUGCAGAAUGGCAUUUUGUUUGUGAAUUCGCGGAUCGACCGGGAGGAGCUGUGCGGGCGGAGCGCCGAGUGUAGCAUCCACCUGGAGGUGAUCGUGGACCGGCCGCUGCAGGUGUUCCAUGUGGAGGUGGAGGUGGAGGUGAAGGACGUUACUGACAACCCCCCAAGGUUCUUGGGACAAGAACAAACACUAUUUAGAAUCAAGAAUAGCGGUUCUCGGUUUCCGCUAGAGGGCGCAUCUGAUAUGGAUAUCGGAAGAAACGCAGAACUGAGAUACGAGUUACAAACUAAUGAAUAUUUUGACUUGGAUGUUAAAACAAAUGAAGAGGAAACAAACUUUUUAGAGCUAGUUAUGAAGAAACCAGUAGGUAGGGAAGAAACGCAAGAACAUCGUUUAUUGCUGAUUGCAAUUGAUGGAGGAAAACCUGUACUAACAGGUACAGUUCAGUUAUUGAUCAAUGUAUUGGAUGCGAAUGAUGAUGCCCCAGAAUUUGAUAAAUCAAUUUAUAAUGUCAGAAUACUGGGAAAUGCACCGAAUGGGACAUUAGUUAUUAAACUGAAUGCCUCACAUGCAGAUGAGGGCAUUAAUAAGGAAAUAGUGUACCUCCUUAGUAAUCUUGUUCUUGACAACGUAAAAUCUAAAUUUGCGAUCAACCUAAUAGUAGGGAAAUAACAGUUCAGGGAAAGAAAACUGGAUUAUGAAGACUGUAAUUUAUAUGAAAUUAAUAUUGAUGCCGUCGAUAAAAGUCCAUUCCCAUUAAGACACUGCAAAGUAAUAGUGAAAAUCCUGGAUGAGAAUGAUAAUACCCCAGAGAUGGUCAUAACCUCCCUAUCUCUGCCUGUGCAAGAGGACGCCCCAUGGGGCACUGUCAUCGCCCUGAUCAGUCUGUCAGACCAUGACUCCGGUGCCAAUGUGCCGGUGACUUGCACCCUGACGCCUCAUGUCCCCUUCAAGCUGGUGUCCACCUUCAAGAAUUACUAUUCAUUGGUUCUGGACAGUGCCUUGGACCGCGAGAGCGUGGCGAACUAUGAGGUGGUGGUGGCAGCGCGGGAUGCGGCCUCGCCUUCCCUGUCGGCAACAGCCAGCGUGUCCGUGGAGGUGGCCGACGUGAACGACAACGCGCCCGCGUUCGCACAGCCCGAGUACAGGGUGUUGGUGAAGGAGAACAACCCGCCCGGCUGCCACAUCUUCACGGUGUCGGCGCGGGACGCGGACGCGCAGGAGAACGCGCUGGUGUCCUACUCGCUGGUGGAGCGGCGGGUGGGCGAGCGAGCGCUGUCGAGCUACGUGUCGGUGCACGCGGAGAGCGGCAAGGUGUACGCGCUGCAGCCGCUGGACCACGAGGAGCUGGAGCUGCUGCAGUUCCAGGUGAGCGCGCGCGACGCGGGCGUGCCGCCUCUGGGCAGCAACGUGACGCUGCAGGUGUUCGUGCAGGACGAGAACGACAACGCGCCCGCGCUGCUGCCUCCCGGGCCGGGUGGCAGCGGGGCGGGCGCGCUGAGCCAGCUGGUGGCGCGGUCGGUGGGCGCGGGCCACGUGGUGGCGAAGGUGCGCGCGGUGGACGCGGACUCGGGCUACAACGCGUGGCUGUCGUACGAGCGACACACGACGCGCGCCCUGGACGAGGCGGACGCGCCGCGCCAGCGCCUACUGGUGCUGGUGAAGGACCACGGCGAGCCGGCUCUGACGGCCACGGCCACCGUGCUGCUGUCGCUGGAGGACAGCGGCCAGGCGCCCAAGGCCUCUUCGCGGGCGUCGACGGGCGCCGCUGGCGCGAAGGCCGCUCUGGUGGAUGUGAACGUGUACCUGAUCAUCGCCAUCUGCGCGGUGUCCAGCCUGUUGGUGCUCACGCUGCUGCUGUACACGGCGCUGCGGUGCUCGGCGCCGCCCAGCGAGGGCGCGUGCGGGCCCGGGAAGCCCACGCUGGUGUGCUCCAGCGCGGUGGGGAGCUGGUCUUACUCGCAGCAGAGGCGGCAGAGGGUGUGCUCUGGGGAGGGACCGCCCAAGGCUGGUGUCAUGGCCUUCAGCCCCAGCCUGCCUCAGGGUCCCAUCUCUAUAGACACCGUGAGUCUCAAAAAUCUAACAGCAAUUUUUCGUCAUAUGUCAUAA